AUGAAGAUCCAACUGUACCUGCUCGCCUCCCUGGCGAUGUUCGCUGCAAUUGUGGUAGCUGAGGAGGAAGCUGUGGAUACUGACGAGAUCAGCGAAAACGACUUUGACGCGAUGUUCGCGCAGGCAAACAACUUCGACUUCGAGGACGCCGACAAAGCUGGCCUAUCGGAAGACGAGCAGAAGGAAGAAGACGAUGCCGUGGCAAAGGCAUUCCUCGAGAACACCAAACAGUAUGCGGAGGAGGUCAGCGCCGACGCACAGGCCGAGGAGGCAGCAGCUGCCGAGACUACUGAAGACGACAGUGAUGAGGACAGUGACGAUGACGAGGAUGAGCAGGCGCUGGAUGCUGCUCUCGAGCAGGACAGCGAUGAGGAUGAAGGCGAUGAGGAGACGAGUGAGGAUGACGACGCCGAACUGAGUAACAGCCGAGAGGAGUUCAACGACGACGAGAUCGAGGAUGCGCUGAGAGAGCUGAACCUUGGCGAGGGAGAGCAGAGCAAUGAGGAUGAUGAUGAGCAGGACGACGACGAGGAGGAUGAAGAGAAGCGGUAA